AUGUUCCAUCAGGUAGUGGUCGUAGUACUGCUGCUGCUGGUAGCCACCACCUUCAAUGUUGCCCAGGGUCAGGAGACGCUGAUCGCCGGUGCCGCAACCGGUGUCGCCGGCGGCGGGUGCAGCGGCGGCGCCUACGAGAGCAUCAACACCGACAGCCUCGAGGCGGUCUUCAUCUUUAUGCGACACGGCGUGAGGGCGCCCUGGACCACCUAUCCGAAAGACCCGCACAUCAACCAGACCAAUCGGUGGCCGAAUGGCCGCUCUCAACUGACCAGCUUCGGCAUCAAGCAGGUGACCAACAUCGGCAACCUGUUGAACAAACGCUACGGCACCUUCACCCGAGGACUGAAGCGAAGUCAGAUUUACCAGCGGGCCUCUGCCGCCCAGCGGUGCAUUGACACGCUGAAGCUCGUCUCCAGUAGACUGUGGCCAAACUUUGACAACGCACACACGCCAGUCAUCUACUCGCUGCCGAAGAAGGUCGAUUCGUUGCUGUACGAAGAGCCAAAGUGUCCGCUCGCAGAAACUGAGGAGAGCAACAACAUCAACAGUGCUGCAGUGUCAGCCUAUGAAAAUCAAACUGACAUCAAGGAUUUGUAUGCGUACGUCGCCGAGAACACCGGUCUGCCGCCCACCAUGAGCGGCGUCACAAAGGCCUUCGAUUGCGUGCGUUGUGACAAAAUUAACGGUUUCAAGGUUCCCAAGUGGGCUUCAGUGAAUAACGUUUACGAGCGCAUGGGCAACGUCUACACGAAGAACCUGAACUUUCUCUAUGCAACGGAGAAAGCUCGCCGAUUCCGUAGCGGUCCGAUCAUUCAAGAGGUGAUUGACUCUAUUACGGCCAUCAAGAAUACUGAUGAGAAAGACAAAGAGUCCAUCAAGCGUGCGUACUUGUACACCACGCACGACUACAAAAUAGCCUCCCUGCUGCUUGGCCUGGGUGAGAAGCUGUACAAGUACCCGCCAUUUGCCGCGACAGUCAUCUUUGAAGUGCACCGAGACCCACUGGGCACCGGAGAUCCCAUCAUUCGCUCGUACUACAUCUCACAGACCGUCAAAGAGCCGUACACCAUUGAACAGCUUCGCCUGGACAAGUGCCUCGGCAAUGAAUUUGACUGCAAGUUCAGCAACUUUGUGAACACUCUGAAACCACUUGAAGGUCUGCAGUGGUCAAAGGAAUGCGGCCUGACGAAUGUAGACGGCUUUUUGCUGGCAGAAGAAAACAUUGGCGACAGUUAG